AUGUCUCUGUCCAAGAUUUUAACGGAAGAUUUCCUAACGUGCAGCAUAUGUCAUGAAAAGUUCAAAGAACCAAAAGCCCUCGGCUGUUCACAUACGUUUUGCCAGCAUUGCCUCCAAGACCAUUUGGACAGAAAUUUCCAAGGUCAGCCUAACUUCCCUUGUCCUAUUUGUAGACGUCAGUGUGACCUCCCUAGCGGCGGUGUUAGUGAAUUACAAACAAACCACCUUCUGGUCAGCAUAUCACAUACAGUUGGACAAGUAGAAAAAGCCAAAGAUACCAAGAUAUGCGAGGUAUGUUGUCUGAAAAAUGUCCUCAAUCCACCAAUGGCGAUUAAACAUUGUUUGAAGUGUGAGGAAAGUAUGUGUGGUGAUUGUUCUUCGGAGCAUGUACUUCAUAAGUUAAAUCGUGACCACAAACUGUUUCCUGUCGACCAGUUAGGAAGUGAUGAACACUUGACAGAGCUGCGUGCCCGACAGAGCGUCCCUUGUGACCACAACAACAAGGAACCAGUAGAAAUCUUCUGUCCAGUGUGUAAAAAGUACAUCUGCGCCAAGUGUAGUUUUUUGGAACACAAGGGUCAUGAUUGCCUUGGAAUCAACGCUGCUGCUGACAAACGCAAGGAAAAACUAGAACUCCUCGUUAGGCCCAUUGAGAAGAAAAGUCUACUUUACGAUCAGUUCAAGACCACCGCUGAAGACCAGAAAAAGUCGGUAGAAGAAGAAAGAAAGAAGGCAAAGAGUGAAGUUAACAACCAGUUGGAGCUAGUUAUUAAGAUGGCCCGUCAACGUGCCGAGGUUCUGUUGGAAGAAAUAGAUGUCAAGUCGAAUGCCAAACUAGAGGUUUUAAAUACUUUAAUUGCAACUGCUACCGCUGAGCAAAAUCAACUGGACGACGUUGUAGACUUCUCCAGAAAGCUCAUAAACCAUGGGAACGACAUGGAUGUACUGCAGAUGGCCUCAGCAUGUGAGCAGAGCAGCGAGAGCGUCCAGACUCUCGACAUCCCGACCCUGCCCGGAGCCUUAACCCGGCUACAGCUUAUCACCAGCGAUAUGGAGGAGUGCGUUACCAAUAUUGACCGUUGCCUUGGAGAUGUCGUUCCAACUGCGAGUGGAAGACUGGUGACAUCAUUCAAAGUUGAACUGGCCAAGUCUCUAGGGGAAAUUAUCAGUCAUGUGACGACAGAUGCAAAUGGUGACAUCUUCACUGGUAUUUGGUGUAAUGAGGACAGUUCACGGAACAGAAUCCACAUCUUCGAUACCUCCUUUGUCCUACAGGGCACAAUUCCAGACCCAAGAGCAGCAAAAAAAGAAUCCUUUGCUGGGAUUGCCAUUGACGAUGACGGUAACAUCGUCACUAGAUGCCAGUACUCAAAUGAAAUCAUUGUCUACACCAAGAAAGGAGACCACGUGAGAACAUUCCACAGUGAGUUACCUCAGGCAGUAGCGGUCAACAGCAAGGGUCACUAUGUGGUGGCCGGUCGUAAUACUCUCACUGUGCACCACAAGGGUGGCAAGGUCCUGCAGACGACACGAGACCCAGGGGGUAAUUAUUUCAAACACAUCCAUUGUAAAGUGAAUGAUGAUGUCAUAGUCUCAGAUCCAGGAGAUCAUCACAUCCGUGUAUACGUUUCCUCUCUCCAACUUAAAUACAGAUAUGGUACCAAGGGUGAUGGGGACGGACAGGUGAACAUUCCACGUGGUACAUGCUGCUUGGAUAAUGGAGACAUAAUUCUCACAGACCUCAACAACCAUCGUCUACACCUGGUGUCACCGGAUGGGAAAUUUAAGCAGUUUCUUUUAAGCAAAGACAAUGGACUACUCAAUCCGAGAGAUGUUACUAUAAACCAUCUCGGAAAACUGGUCGUUGCGGAAGAGAGAGGCGAGAUUAAAAUUUUUGAAUUAUAA